UUAUUUCGCAAAACAAACAAAAAAACGACGUCAUUCUUGUAUAUAAAAUAAAUUCGAUUGGGGUUUAGGGUUCAUAUUCCACAACUCUUCCCCAAACGAACCAAAUUUCAGAAAUUUCAGAGACGAUGAGCACAACAAACUACUACUCAUCCGCUUCCAGUUCGGCGAUAUGUUUUUCUCCUCAUGGUGUCCCGUCGAAAUGCUGGUGUGGAGAGAAUAUCACAACUUUCACAUCGAAAACGAAGGAGAAUCCUUACCGUAGGUUCUAUCGAUGCGUGAUUGCAAUGAAGAGGGAAAAUGAGGAUCACUUGUUCAAAUGGGUUGAUGAAGCUCUCUUACAAGAAAUUAGGAUGGUGGAGGAGAAGUGUAAGUUAGUUGCACAGGAUGUCAAUGCUUUGAGGAUGGAAGUGAUGGGUACUAUGAAGCUCCACAACAUAAACUUUAAGAAGAUGGAGGAUGCGAUGAGUAAGAAGAUUAUGAAGACAGUAGGUGUUGCUUCUGUUAUUCUUUGCUCAAUUGUAUGGCUAUGGGGAAGAGUGUAG